AUGACGCUCUCAUCCCUUCUCCGCAUUACUCCCCGCCUCGCGCCGACCGCCGCUCGGAGGAGCACAAGAGCUGCAUCCUCGGUUGCAAGCACGUCACAGGGCAGCAAGACCCUUGACUCAAUUUUGAUUGCUAAUCGUGGCGAGAUUGCACUUCGCGUUGGGCGGACCGCCGCGGAGCAUGGAAUUCGCGUUACGACUCUUUACACUGAUCCCGAUAGCCGAGCACAGCAUGCGUUGAGUACGCCGUUUGCUUUCAAUUUAGGCUCGGUAUCAGCUUACCUGGAUGGUGAUCGCAUCAUUGAAAUCGCGAAGAAGGAGGGGUGUCGCGGUAUUCACCCUGGGUAUGGAUUUUUAAGUGAGAACUCCGCAUUUGCGCGGAAAUGUACCGAGGCCGGCAUCGUGUUUAUUGGGCCUCCAUGGAAGGCAAUUGAAGAUAUGGGUGACAAGAGUCGAUCCAAGGAGAUCAUGCUUGCCGCGGGUGUGCCCUGCGUUCCCGGUUACCACGGCCAGAACCAAGAUCCCGCUUUCCUCGAGGCCGAAGCCGAUAAGAUCACAUACCCGGUGCUGAUCAAGGCUAUCAAGGGAGGUGGCGGAAAGGGCAUGCGUAUUGCGCACUCCAAAUCGGAGUUCCAGGCACAAUUGCAAUCGGCAAAGUCGGAGGCGAUGAACUCGUUCGGAGAUGACCACGUUCUGGUGGAGAAGUACAUCACCACACCGCGCCACAUUGAGGUGCAAGUGUUUGCGGACAAGCACGGCAACUCCGUCGCUUUGGGCGAACGAGACUGCAGUAUUCAGCGCCGGCACCAGAAGAUCCUGGAGGAAUCCCCUGCCCCUCAUCUUCCGGAUGCCACACGAAAGGAUCUGUGGGACAAAGCUCGCGCGGCUGCGCUUGCAGUCGGAUACGAGGGUGCUGGUACCGUGGAGUUUAUCUUUGAUAACGACUCUGGUGAUUUCUACUUUAUGGAGAUGAACACCCGUCUGCAGGUCGAGCACCCCGUGACCGAGAUGGUCACCGGUCAGGACCUGGUUCACUGGCAGAUCAUGGUGGCCGAAGGGGCUCCUCUGCCGAUGACUCAAGAGGAAGUGGAACGGAACAUUGCGCUGAGCGGUCACGCCAUUGAAGCUCGCAUCUAUGCUGAGAACCCCGACAUGGGAUUCAUUCCCGACUCUGGUCGAUUGCUCCACGUGCGGACUCCCGCCACUAGCAAGGACGUGCGUAUCGAUGCCGGCUUCGUCGAGGGCGAUGAUGUGUCGGCCCAUUAUGAUCCCAUGAUCUCCAAGCUGAUUGUCCGGGGCGAAACCCGUGAGGAAGCCCUGCGCAAGCUGGCCACCGCACUGGAACAGUACGAGGUGGCCGGACCUGUCACUAAUAUCGAGUUUCUGAAGACGGUCUGCCGCAGCCCAGACUUCAUUGCCGGCGCCGUCGAGACUGGCUACAUUGAGAAGCACCGCGAGGAACUCUUCGCCCCCAAGGUCAUCGAGGAUGAAGUUCUCGCCCAGGUCGCAUUGGCCUGCCUGCACCGUGACAUGUUGAGCGCGCGCGCGGCCCCCUCUGCGGGUCUUGCCGGCACGACCGUGGGAUUCGCCCCCAAUUACCAGCAGAGGCAGCUGUCGUUUACCUCGGCCAGUGGUCCGGAUGCUGAAGUGACCACCUUCGAUGUCCGCGUCCAGCAAACAGGGGAUCAGACGUUCAACCUCGAGGUCGGAUCUCAAGUGUUCUCCCAAGUCACGAGCAGCAUGGAUCCGACCUCUCGCGUGGUGACUUCAUUCUUCGGACACACACGACUGGACACGACGGUCGUCCAAGACGCGGAGAUGGACAUGGUGAUCGCGUUUCAACGCGGGAAGCAGUAUCGUCUGGGCGUACCACGGGCCAAGUGGAUGGAAAAGGCCCUGGGUCUCAAGGAUGUGGCCAACAGCGUCCUGGCACCGAUGCCUUGCAAGGUGCUGCGGGUUGAAGUGCAGGCCGGAGAUGUGGUCGAGAAGGACCAACCGUUGGUGGUGAUUGAGAGUAUGAAGAUGGAGACUGUGAUUCGAAGCCCACAACGUGGGACUAUUGCUCGCGUGGUUCAUCAACAAGGUGACCAAUGCAAGAGCGGAACGCCUCUGGUUGAGUUUGCCGAUGAAGCCGAGUCGCAGUAG